GUGAAUUGUGAUCAAGUAACGUAAAUGUGGUUAUUCAUCAUCCUGACCUGAGUCUGUAAAACAAACAAACAGUGAUCAUUACCAGAUCUACCGACGCCCGUUUGAUAUCAGAAGAAUCCGAUCUCCACAUCUCCCUGCCUGCACACCCUCUCACCGACUGACUAUCUUCCCGAUUAUUCUUCACUUCCGCCAUGAUGUGGAGCACGACUCUUGCCAAUUUGAAAGAAAACCUAAACAAAAUCGCCUUAGAUGUUCACGACGACGAUGAUGACGGAGAUCAUUACCACAGGCCAUCCGAUCUCUCCGAUUCCGAUCGGAGAUUCUCUCUCAAUCACCGCCCUUCCGCUUCACCACUCGCCAACGGUCUCGAUUCCACUUAUUCUUCUUCAGAGAUCGAACAAUACAAAGCAGAGAUCAAGAGGCUUCAGGAAUCCGAGGCACAGAUCAAGGCACUAUCAGUUAAUUAUGCAGCAUUACUAAAAGAAAGAGAGGACCGUAUAUCUAGAUUGAAUGAUGAAAAUAGUUCAUUGAAGAAAAACCUUGAUGCGUCUAGAAGCGAGAUUUUGAAAACGUCAGCUAGUAGCUCGUCUGGAUACAAGCAGAAAAAUCGGUCGUUUGGAAAGAGAAUGCAGAAUGGUGUCACAUUGAAAGAAGAUGCACACUCAUUACAGCCCUCCAUGAUCCAAAAUAAAACAGGGAGUUCUAGCACUGAAAGCAGUGAAAAGGAGCUAUCUGAUUUACUGGAGGAAAAAAACAAUUCUCUAGCAACGCUGCAAGCAACACAUGAGCAACAAUUAAAGCAGUUACAAGAUGAACUUGACAAAGAACGUGGAAAGUCGGCAAGCUUGCAAUUCAGGUUCCAAGAGGAACAGAAGUUGAACCGAUCUUUCUAUGAGGAACGGGAUUCCUUAAAGGCAGAUAAAGAAAAUAUGUUAGCGGAGAUGAGUAAAAUACGAGAUGAGCUGAGCAGAAAAAUAUCUGAAAUAAGACAUUUGCAGCUGGAGUUGAAUAAAAAGGAAAAUACAGAAGCAAAUGAUGCUGCAGAGUCUCUUAAAAGAGUAGUAGCAUCGUUGGAAAAAGAGAACAGCGAUCUUAAGAUGGAGAAAAAUGAACUGAAGGUUGCUUUGGAAGUUGCUAGUAAAUCUUUGUCCUCAAAUUCAAAUGGUGUACAUGAGGCAUCUGGAAGUUUUGUUGGCAAAGAAGAAAUGGAGGCAUCUCUUCAGAAAAUGGAGAAAGAUUUGAAGGAGACAGCUCAGCAAAGGGACAAGGCACUACAGCAACUGAAUCGUCUUAAACAGCAUUUAUUGGAGAAGGAGUCUGAAGAUUCUGAAAAGAUGGACGAAGACAGCAAGAUCAUUGAAGGGCUACGAGAAGAUAACGAAAUAUUAAAAGCUCAAAUAAGACAUCUGGAGAAAUCUCUGAAUCAGGCAAUUGCUGGUCAAGAAGAGGUUAGGUUGACAAACAACACCGAACUGCAGAAGGCCAAAGAAACCAUUGAUGAUUUGAACAAAAAAGUGGCUAGUCUUAGAAGCACUGUAGAUGUGAAAAAUGUUGAACUUUUAAAUCUUCAAACUGCCCUUGGUCAGUAUUAUGCUGAAAUAGAAGCUAAGGAACAUUUGGAAAGGGAAUUGGCUUCUGCAAGAGAAGAAUCUGUUAAACUUUCCGAGAGAUUGAAGGAGGCAUUUCAAGAAGCGGAGACAGCAAAGAAGGAAAAGGAGGAAUGUAUGGAGAAACUUUCACAGACUGAAAGACUAUUAGCAGAAGGUAAAGGGAGAGUAAUGAAGUUAGAGGAAGACAACAAUAAACUUCGUCGUGCUCUAGAGCAAAGCAUGACUAGACUUAAUAGAAUGUCCAUGGACUCUGAUUUUUCUGUUGACAGGCGUAUUGUGAUCAAAUUGUUGGUGACUUACUUCCAGAGGAAUCACAGUAAAGAGGUUCUGGACCUUAUGGUACGCAUGCUAGGAUUCUCUGAAGAAGAAAAACAGAGAAUUGGCGUUGCUCAGCAAGGAGCCGGUAAAGGUGUUGUUCGUGGUGUUUUUGGUCUACCAGGUCGUCUAGUAGGCGGCAUUAUAGGAGGAACCCCCACUACAGAUAAUCUGCCAAAUGCUGCAUUAGAUAAUCAGUCGUUUGCGGAUAUGUGGGUUGAUUUUCUUUUAAAAGAGGGUGAAGAAAGGGAAAAGAGAGAAUCUUCAGAAAACAUUGAUACCAAGUAAUUAGCAAGGGUUUUGGUUUGCCUAUAGUUAUGUUCAAUUUAUUCUUUUUCCAUAUACAAGUUGUAAUCGUGUGUUGAUAUUGUUGGAAAAGAAAGUUUUAACUAAUAAGCUCUCCAUACACUAUGCCGCGUUGAACGUCUUAAUACUAAACAUUUUUAUUUAGAUGUCAAAA